CUAUAGACUAGGUACAUGCUACAUGGGUAGUGGGGAAGAAUCAGGAUUCAGGAUGCUCAAGAUUGUGUCUGCCUUAGAAGUUGGAAGUUCAGUGGUGGUUGUGCGCGUUGUGGGCCGCCAUUGACUUGUGCUCUGCGGUCUGAUUCAAUCCCUGGCUGCACACGUUGCUGGUAAGGUGGAGCUUUAAAGGCAUCUACUAUUACCAUACGGACAAGCUGCCCCGUUCGAGAAGAAGCAAAGGAAUGGACGUUUCAUCCAGUGACGAUGAACCCGAAACGCGAACAACGAAGUUCGUGGGGGCUCGGAAGCAUAGGGAGGCAGCGGAUGAUGACGAUUUGGAUGGUUCAACGAGCGAUAGCAGCGACUCUGACCAGUCGGAAGAGGAAAUGCUCGCUGCCCAAGUGGCAGAUGUUCCUUUUGAGGAGCUGACGGCGAUGAAGGGCGAUGGGCGAGGCACGGUGAAACUGCCCGGUAGAUCAAAACAAGCGGAGCGCUUGAAACGGGCUAAUAAGAAUAGGCCGCGGGAACUGCCCGCCAAGCGUCAAGUGCCGCGGUUUAGGGAGGUCGUUAGCACUGCCAAAAAGGUUAUCAGGGACCCCCGAUUUGAGUCGCUUACAGGGAAGUUCGAUGAGAAGGCCUUCAAGGAGAGUUACCGGUUUAUCUACGAUGAGCAGCUGCCGGUGGAGCGGCAGAGGCUCAAGAAGCUGGUCAAGAAGGAGCGGAACCCCGACCGGAAACACGAGCUGCAGCAACAGCUCGCCAAGAUUGAGGCGCAAAUAAAGGACGAGGCGCGACGGCGGCAGCAGGCAGAGCGGGAGACGGAGCGAAAACGGAAGGCGAAGGACGCCAUCAAACAGGGCAAAAAGCCGUUCUUCCUGAAAGCAGCGGACAAGCGGAAGGAGGAGCUGGUGGAGAAGUACAAGGAGCUCAAGGCCGCCGGCAAGUUGGAUGCGUUCCUUGCGAAGCGGCGCAAGAAGAAUGCGGCAAAGGACCACAGAUUCAUUCCCUACAGGCGGCAAGAGGCUGGAGGAGACAGCUAGCGGGUGCUGCCUUGCAGUUAUUGGUUUGGAUAUGCCACUUCGCGAAACCCCUCCAAAGAACGGCAGACGCUAGCCGUGUUUUCUGUCCAGAACAGUUUCUUUGUCCUGCUCGCAGUCGAAAUUGCCUUUGAAAAUUUGAAUGGAUGAUUUGCGUCGAUUCGGCCAAUCUUACCGUAAGCUCACAAGUGGUUGUCUACUUUUUUGUGAGUUGAGCGCAGUCUAUUCGAUGAACAGUACUCCAUUAUUGCACUGCAAUCAGUCCC